AUGUCGCCACCACUUGACCCUGAAUUAAAAUAUCGUCAACCAUUGCAACAAAAUGAAAUUGAUAAUAAAUACGAAAGAAAUUAUGUGCCACCAAAUAUCACCAUCAAAGAACUUCGUGAUGUGAUACCUCCUCACUGUUUUCAAAGAAGCACUUUAAAAUCAAUGAGUUAUCUAGCGAAAGAUCUCAUUGCAAUAAUGAUACUUGCUUAUGGAGCUACUUUUAUAGACAAAUAUAUUGCUUCAUUACCUUUAAGGGUUUUGGCUUGGUCAUUUUACUGGUUUUGGUGCGGAGCCUUUGCUACUGGUAUAUGGGUCAUAGGACAUGAGUGUGGUCAUCAAUCAUUUUCACCCUCAAAAAAAAUAAAUAACAUUGUUGGCUUUAUAUUUCAUUCUGCUUUGUUGGUUCCGUAUCAUUCUUGGAGAAUUUCUCAUUCAAAACACCAUAAACACACUGGUCACAUAACAAAAGAUCAAGUGUUUGUACCAAAAACUAGAUCAAGACGUGGAAUUCCUCAAUCUUAUGUUGCUAAAGAUGCAAUGGAUGAUAUCAAUGACAAAAACAAUUCCUCGCCACAAAAAGGGAACCAUUCUGUUUUUGAAGACACCCCAAUUUUUAUUUUAUUGAAUUUAAUUGGACAACAACUUUUUGGAUUUCCACUCUACUUGUCAUUAAAUUACUCUGGCAGUGAAAUUUAUGAUAAACUUUGGACAAAUCAUUUUGACCCCACUUCUCCAAUAUUUGACCCUAAACAUUAUGGUGAUGUCAUUAUUUCAGAUAUUGGAAUGAUUGGAAUUUUUAGUAUUAUUGGAUACUCGAUUUACAAAUUUUCGUUACUGGCAGUUGUUAAAUAUUACCUAAUUCCUUAUUUGGUGGUCAAUCAUUGGUUAGUUAUGAUCACUUUUCUACAGCACACUGAUCCAAAAUUGCCUCAUUAUCGUGAUGGAAAAUGGAACUUUGUUCGUGGUGCUAUUUUUGAUCGUCAUUUUGGAUUUCUUGAUUCAAUAUUUCAUCGAAUCACGUCAACACAUGUAGCACAUCAUUUCUUUAGCCAAAUGCCUCAUUAUCAUGCAGAAGAAGCAACUGAACAUAUUAAAAAGGUUCUUGGUCCAUAUUAUAUGUUUGAUGACACGCCAAUGUUCAAGGCUCUUUGGAGAAGCCAUUCACAAUGUAGAUUUAUCGAGGAUGAAGGAGAUAUUGUAUUCUAUAAAAAUUAG